CCAUAUGUAAGAUUUACUCUACUAGUACUGAAAAUCUAUAGCUCACGUCACUUAUAUUAUAGAUCCUCAAUAUUUAUACUGAGAAAUAUUAGUUUCUUUACACCUGUUUACACUUUACACUAUCUAUUCAUCAUCAGUCAGUCACUAAUACAUCAGUCUGUAGAGUUCAAUGGCACGGCACGCACAGAUUGCUGCUGCUAAUGAUUAACUUCAACUAUGUAUGUAAAAUGUUACAAUAUGUCAUACAACUUGUACGGUAAACAAAGUGACGAGAAAGUAUAAAAUGUACACGUUACUCCAUGGUUUAUACAAGUACUUGGUGCAGAAAGACGAAUAUUUCAUAUUAAUCCUAGGACUUGACAAUGCAGGAAAGACGACUUACUUGGAAGCAGCAAAAACAAAAUUCACAAAAAAUUAUAAGGGAAUGAAUCCAAGCAAAAUCACGACUACUGUAGGUUUGAAUAUUGGCAAGAUCGAUAUUGCUGGUGUUUCUUUCAACUUUUGGGAUCUUGGUGGCCAAGAGGAGCUUCAGUCUUUAUGGGAUAAAUAUUAUGCUGAAUCUCAUGCUGUGAUUUAUAUUGUUGAUUCGUCUGAUCGUGAUAGAAUUCCAGACUCCAAAGAAACUUUUGAUAAAGUAAUAUCGUCUGAGCAUCUAAGAGGUGUACCAUUAUUGGUUUUAGCGAAUAAGCAGGAUGUACCUGAUUGUAUGGGUGUCAGAGAAGUAAAACCAAUAUUUAAUCAAAGUGCACAUUUAAUCGGUAGAAGAGAUUGCAUGGUAAUGCCUGUAUCAGCUCUCAAUGGGGAUGGUGUAGAUGAAGGUAUACACUGGUUGGUAGAUUGUGUCAAAAGAAACAGUGAUGUACGACCGCCUCGCAAUCAAGACGAUAAUUCCUUAUCUUAGUUGCAAAGCAUUUUUAUUUUACAAUAAUUUAUUACAAUUUAUAUGUAGCGUUUUUUGCAAAUAAAAUUGUAUUGUUUA